GUCUCAGCCGGUUAGCUGUUUUUGCAGAUGUGCCAUGUGAGUCAUGUGCCAAAUAAGCAGAAAUCGUUAAACUGCAAUCAGUGGAAAAAAUGACAAGCAAAUAACGUUGAGAUGUCCGAAAGGCUAGUUGCAGCUAUUAUAUAUAAUGCUGGCAUAUAGUCUAACCAAGAUUAUUGUCUUAUCGUAAUUGCUAGUGUUAUCAGUAUUAUCAGUGUCCAUCACGUAAACUUUCAAAGCACAAAACCCUAAAAAAUAAUGUUUAGCAAAUUCUUGCCUUACUGUGCGUCUGGAAAAAUUGUCAAAGGUUUUGGUAGAGGUUCCAAAUCUUUGGGAAUACCAACAGCGAAUCUUCCAGAAGACGUUGUGGACGCUUUGCCUAGUGAAUUUGGAACCGGAAUUUAUUACGGAUGGGCAUCACUGGAUAAAAGUAUUUACAAAAUGGUUAUGAGCAUUGGCUGGAACCCAUUUUACAAGAACGAGAAAAAAUCAAUGGAAGUUCAUCUACUUCAUGAUUUUCCCAAUGACUUGUAUGAUAAGGAACUUAAAGUUAUAAUCACGGGUUACAUCAGACCAGAGAAAGAUUUCUCAUCCGUAGAUGAAUUAAUAAGGGAGAUAAAGAACGAUAUAGCAAUCGCAAAAGACAAGCUGGAUGAACCGAAAAUGUGCGAAUUCAAAGCUCACUCGUUUUUAACGUGAUGAUUCAGCAACUUAUUGAACAAUUUUUAACAUUAAUUAGGUUUAAGUUUUUACAAAAAGAUAAAACUAUUUUCAUACAAAAUAUAAACGAACUCGCUUAUGAGCGAUUGAAAUAAAAUGAGCUACUUGAUAGGAGCAGGAUUCUUUGUAGUUGAGAUAUUAAAAGAAUGCGUUACAAUGUUUAUUAACUUUUGGUCUUAUAUCUUUACAUUCAU